GUCGCUUAGACAGAAUUCGCUCGAAUUAGAAAAAUUGGAUAAGAUUUCGCAAAAAGUCGUCAAAUUCUUAUUAAAAUACAGUAUUAAUUGAAAUUUAGAUUCAAGAAAUUGGUGAAACCUAAAGUAUGGCUAAUAUUCCAGACCUGAAAGAGAUUGCUGGAAAGCACUUCGACAUUUACGAGGCAUAUUAUAGAAACCAUGAUCCUAAAAAUACAAAUGCCAUUCCUGCUAUGGAUGCUGCAAGAUUUCUUAAAAAAUCAGGACUUUCGGAUGUUGUGUUAUCUAAAGUCUGGGACUUAUCAGAUCACAAUUCUAAGGGUUAUUUGGAUAAGUCUGGAUUCUUCGUCGCUUUAAAGCUCGUUUCACUUGCUCAAAUGGGUGAACAAAUUACUGUUAAAAACUUAAAAUUGGAAACAAAUGCACCGAAGUGUGGUGAUGUUCCAAAGAUGAAGCCACCACCUGUACCAAAAAUGAUUCCAGUAACGGCAACAGAUUGGUCGAUUAAGCCAGAAGAACGUCAAAAGUAUCAAAGUUUAUUUAAUUCGCUUCAACCUGAUAAUGGUGUUUUGCCUGGAAAUAAAGUCGUGGGGCUUUUGAAAGAUUCAAAGCUUCCAGUUGAUACAUUGAGUACGAUUUGGGAGCUUGCAGACCAAGAUAAAGAUGGUAGUUUGGAUGAGUUCGAAUUUAUUGUGGCCAUGCAUUUAGUUUAUAAAGCUCUUGCAAGUCGAGCCAUUCCCCAAACGCUACCAAAGGAACUACAGAAGCCACCAAAAGUUGAAAGUUCGAAUGAUUUUGGUGCUGAAUUUGUUGCGAAUUUUCCAACAGACAUUGUGCCAGUUGCACCAGUGAUACCACCAUCACGACCACCAGCACCAGCUAUGCAUCCAAUCACAGCUCCUUUAAUUCCAGCUAUACCAAUGAGUUCAGUAUCAAGUGGCGAGUGGGUGUUGACGACCAUCGAGAAGCUAAAAUAUCAAGAAUUGUUUGAGAAAAGUGAUAUGGAUAAAGACGGACUUGUGUCAGGUGGUGAAAUCAAAGACGUAUUUUUGAAAUCAGGACUUCCACAGAACAUGCUCGCUCAUAUUUGGGCUUUAUGUGACACACAUCAAAGUGGAAAGUUGAACUCGGAACAAUUCGCUUUAGCUUGUUGGCUGAUUGACCGCAAGAAGAAAGGAGUUGAUCCACCACAGAAACUUGCACCAGAAAUGAUUCCGCCGAGUAUGCGACCGAAUGCUGGUGUUGUCGUUCAGCCACCAAAACCCGUUUACACAAAUCCCGAGCUAGAAAUGAUUUCAAAAGAAAUCGAAGAACUUACAAAAGAACGUCACGCCAUUGAAGCUGAGGUAGCGCAGAAAGAAGCUGACAUUCGCAUAAAAACAGGGGAAAUGCGAAGUCUUCAAAGUGAACUCGACACUCUCACAGCAACAUUGAAACAAUUAGAGACACAAAAAGAAGCCGCUCAGAAGCGUUUAGAUGAUUUGAAGACGCAGGUCAACAAGUUACGAGAUCAAUGUCAGAAGCAAGAAGAAACAAUCAAAGAACAAGAAGGGGAAUUAAAUUCACGUAAAGAAGAAUUACAAAAGCUAAAGGAAGAAGAACAUGCACUGCAAAAGGAAUACGACUCAAGUCUUAAAGAGAAAGAAAGCAUUUCGGUGCAACUUCAAGAUACUCAAUUGCAAAUAAGUCAAGUACGAGCGAUGGUGUCGCAACUUGAAGAGAUACAACGACAAAUGAAAGAUGCUCUAGUGUUGUGUAAAGCUGCGGUUGAGGAAAAUAAUGCUACGAUGGUGUCUGAUUAUUCGCUUAACAUCGAACCAGAAUUUCGUGAUUUCAAGAAAGUUUUACUCUCACCUGAAGAAAAGGCGAAAGAUGCUUUCAACGAUUCCCAAUCAGCAUUCAAUGAUCCCCCAACAGGCUCAAAAUCUGCAGCUUUUGAGGAUAGUUUCGAUAAUAAGUCAGCUGGCUUUGGUGACGACGAUUCUUGGCAUGCAAACUCAUGGAAUGCUCAAGCAAAUGAUCCUUUUGGUGGUGGAAGUAAACCAGAUCCAUUUGCUGCUUCUAAUGCUUCACCAGCAAAAGACUCUGGGAAAGAUGCAUUUGGAAGCGAUCCAUUUGCCAUUUUACAUGCUCCACCAGCUGGGUCAAGUCCAUCACAUCCGCCUGAGUCGCCAUCACCUGCACUUCCACCUAAGAAAGCAAAGCAACCACCACCACGACCAGCACCUCCACGUCCAUCCCAAGGACCGAAAACAGACUCGUUUGGAUCUUCUUCGUUUGCAAAUUUUGAUGAUUUUGAUAUCAAGGUCUCGUCGGUAGCUCCUGAAGUAACAUCACAACAACCUCCAAAACCAAUGGAACAAUCAAACUUUAAUGUUACGACGCCAGAAGUAGUCGCAAGUGAUUUCAAGGAAGAUCCGUUUCAAAAUUAUCGUUAUGAAGAUCCAUUUUUGAUUUCUGAUCCAUUCCAAGAUGAAGAAGUCGUUGUGAAAGUUAAAGAGAAAGAAUCUUCAAGUGGAUUUGGUUUUGAGGCUGAUUUUGGUAACUUUGCCAACUUUGAUGCAUUCAAUGAUAACGUUACAAACAAUGGUAACACGGGAAAUGUUGAUGCUUGGGGGAGUUUAGAUAACACAAACAACAACAAUUUCAAUGACAUAAAGAAGACGAAAGUGAAAAAAUAUAAUUCACCAAACAAAGAAGAUGGUGAAAUGAGA